AUGGACAAGGUCGCCGCCGACUCCCCCAAGGCCGAGCACCAGGAGACUGAUGCCGUGCUGUAUCUGUCGACAGAGCCUUACGGGCCUCCCGGCUUCCGGGGCAUCGCUGCUUCUCGAUACGUCGCAGUCUGCGCGUCCUUCAGUGCCAUCGGCGGCCUGCUCUUUGGCUAUGACCAGGGCGUCAUUUCCGUCAUUCUCGUCAUGGACCAGUUUCUCGGGAGAUUCGAAGAGGUGUCCGACACGGCUUCCGGCGCCGGCUUCUAUAAGGGGCUCAUGACGGCCAUGAUCACCCUCGGCGCCUUCAUCGGGGCCCUGAACCAGGGCUGGAUCGCCGACAUGUAUUCCCGAAAGUACUCCAUCAUGAUUGCCGUCGUCAUCUUCACCGUCGGCUCGGCGCUCCAGACAGCUUCUGUGGACUAUGCCAUGCUCGUCACUGCCCGCUUGAUCGGCGGCGUCGGCAUCGGCAUGUUGAGCAUGGUUGUGCCUCUGUAUAUUUCCGAAAUAUCCCCCCCGGAAAUACGCGGCACCUUGCUGGUGCUGGAAGAGUUCAGCAUCGUCCUGGGCAUCGUCAUUUCCUUUUGGAUCACCUACGGCACCCAGUACAUCGGCUCGCAUUGGUCGUGGCAACUGCCCUUUUUGCUGCAGAUCAUCCCGGGCCUGCUCCUCGGGUUCGGGGCUAUAUUCCUCCCCUUUUCCCCACGAUGGCUUGCCUCCAAGGGCCGCGACGAGGACGCCCUCUUGAACCUGGCCAAACUGCGAUGCCUCCCCAUGACGGACCCCCGCGUGCAGCGGGAAUGGAUGGAGAUCAUCACCGAGUCGCGGUUCCAAAAGGGCAUCCUUGCCGAGCGUCACCCCAAUCUCGUCAAGGGCGGCGUGGCCAACAAGCUCAAGCUCGAGUUCUCAACCUGGAUGGAUUGUUUCAAGAGGGGCUGCUGGCGCAGAACCCAUGUCGGCGCGGGCCUCAUGUUCUUCCAACAGUUCGUUGGCAUCAAUGCCCUCAUCUACUAUUCGCCGACGCUGUUUGGAACCAUGGGGCUGGACCACAACAUGCAGCUCAUCAUGUCUGGCGUUCUCAACGUGACGCAGCUCAUCGGCGUCAUCUCCAGCUUGUGGACUCUCGACCGAUACGGCAGGCGAAAGAUCCUCUUAUACGGGAGCGUCGGCAUGUUUGUGUCCCACUUCAUCAUCGCCGUUCUCGUGGGCAAGUUUUCAAACAACUGGCCGGCGCACAAGGCAGAGGGCUGGACCAGCGUCGCCUUUCUUCUCUUCUACAUGCUCGCGUUCGGAGCCAGCUGGGGCCCUGUCCCCUGGGCCAUGCCGGCCGAGAUCUUCCCUUCCUCGCUCCGUGCCAAGGGCGUUUCCAUCUCCACAUGCUCAAACUGGCUUAACAAUUUCAUAGUCGGCUUGAUCACUCCUCCCAUGGUACAAAAUACCGGAUUCGGGGCCUAUGUGUUUUUCGCCGUCUUUUGCUUCUUGUCGUUCGCAUGGACCUUUUACUUUGUCCCCGAGACCAACGGCAAAACUCUGGAGCAGAUGGACGAUGUCUUCAAGGACCAUAGCAGCACCGAGGAGCUGGAGCGCAAGAACAGACUCAUGGCCGACACCAUUCGUCAGCGGACCAACGGCGCUGUCGGCGCCUAG